AGUAUUAUAAGUUUUAUGUCGCCGGAGAAGCGUAAAAAGCUUUGCCCUUUUCUCAUUACCCACGCGCAAACAUCCCUCAUACCAGAGCCACUUUCAUACAUAGCUCAAGACGUAGUAAAAACCAUGGUCUCCAAAGGCCACGAUUUGGGCAAAGACGCUCUGAUCAUUCCCCAAUAAAAUAUGAAAAGAUUGCAAUAAAAAGCUUUAAUCACCUCUCCUCAGAAACCAGUGUUUCUAUGCACCAGAUUUUUUUACCAAGUCCCCUUCUGCACCAUGCAUCUAUUCUCUAAAUCCCAACGAUUCCCCCUUCAAAAAAAAUUCCGACACCCCAAAACCAAUCACCGCAGGAAAAACGCAGAUGAACCCAAAAAAACCAGACUCAAAACCCCUUUUCUCACUCAUGUCAAAACCCUAGACCCCAAAUCAGCAGUACACUCAUUUCAUGAAUGGGAGCACCAUGGCUAUACACAUUCCUACUCUUCAUACGCAACACUUCUAUACAAACUAGCUCGGGAACACCAAUUCAGUUCUGUACACCACAUACUCAACCUCCUAAAAACCAGAAACAUCCCAUGCAAUGAGUGCCUCUUUGUUGGCAUCAUCCAACACUUAGCCAAAGCUCACCUCUUUGAAGAAGCAUCCCAACUCUUUGACCAGAUUCCUUCCUUUAAUUGCAAUCCAACGCCUAAGUCACUGAAUGCACUACUGAACUCCUUUAUAGAUUCAGACCAAUUUCCAGAUGCCGAGAGAAUUUUUCGGCAACCCCAUGGCCCCAAUUUCCGGCCAAAUGCAGUGACCUAUAAUGUUAUGAUCAAGGGCUUGCUGAUAUCAGGUGACUGGUUUGGGGCUCGCAAGUUAUUCGAUGAAAUGAUUGACAGAAAGAUCAAGCCGAAUGCCAUAACUUUCAAUAUUUUGAUUUCAUAUCUCUGCAAAAAGGGUGAAUUGGAGCAGGCUGAGAUGGUUUUUGAGGAAAUAGUAAAGAAUGGUGAGGCCCCAAAUGCCACAACUUAUGCUAUGUUGAUGGAAGGGUUAUGUAUAGAUGGGAAACAUCAUGAGGCUAGGAAGGUGAUGUAUGAUAUGGAGUACAGAGGGUGCAAGCCUGGGGUUGUGCAUUAUGCGAUUUUGAUGAAGGAUUUGGGGAAGAGGAGGAGGCUUGGAGAGGCCAUGGACAUAUUAGAGGAGAUGAGGAAAAGGCAUUGUAAGCCUGAUGUUGUUUGCUACAACACUUUGAUCAAUUUUUGUUGCAAAGAAGGGAAGGCCAAAGAGGCUUAUGAGAUAAUGGCUGGUAUGAAAUUAGAGAGGUGCAAGCCCAAUGCUGCUACUUAUAGGAUGGCGGCUGAUGGAUUGUGCAUGAUUCGAGAGUUUGAGAAGGCGUGGGGGGUUUUGCGUGCAAUGUGGCGUGACGGCCACACCCCGCUUGUGCAUACCUGUGAUAACCUGGUUUGUGGGCUAUGUGAAGAGGGAAGAGCCAUGGAUGCAAGCUUGGUUAUGGAGGAGAUAUCAGAGAGGAAGAUGCAGGUGACUGCUAGUACUUGGAAUGUUUUGUUGGUUAGUUGUGGUGGUGUUUCUCUUGGAAAUGUUGAUGAAGAAGUUGUGGCCCUCAUAGAUGAGUUGGUGCAAUGUGAGAGUAGUGUUAAAAGUUGAGCUUAGCUCAUUGUGGAUUAUCUACAACCCACGGCUUGU